AUGAAGUGUAUCGGCAAGUCUGAGGCUUGUUCGUUUAAGACGGUAUUGAGGGGGCUCAGACCCCAAACCAAGUCCACCGCAGCCUAUUUUUGGGCCGUGGUCAUCUGCAUCGGAUCACUAUUAGCGGCAAGCCACUUUAGUACCUACGGCCAUACCGCUGCCCUUUUCGCUAUCGCAUCACAUUCUACUUCUUUUAGUUCUCCUAUUCCUAGUAUUUUCUUUGAUGAUUUUGGCACCGAUAUAAAUGUCUAUCUUAGUACUUUUCUUGGUGCUGUUGACCUCUUUGGACAUGAGCUAAGGCUCCUCGAAAACAAUCCUUUCUGGCCCGAUGGACGGACAUCGCAGGCUAGUUAUGACUGGGAGGCGAGUGGCUACAACUACCACGAGACGCCUACCAUAACUGGCAACGAUAGUCGGAGCCUAAAUUGUCCUACCCUCCCACUUGGCGAUGUUUUGCACGAUGCAUUGCCUACAUUCCCUCAAGGUCCCCAUAAUCAAACCACACCAGACUCUAGUGGUUCGCCCCUAACAGCACUCGUUUCUGUUCCUUCUACACCUAUUUCCUCAGUUAGGACUACCGUCUGCCUCGCCGAACUAGAAAAUGACGCCAUUUGCUUCGAACCUCAAGCUGGAUUGCCCUCGGUACAUGCAGCAGCUUCUCCGGCGACUGGGGAUGUCUUCGCCUCUGAAACCUUAGACUUGGUAGACUGCACUCGAUGCCCAAAGCAAUUUUCAGGCACCGAUAAACUCAGGGAGCACACUGCCUCGGCUCAUCCUACCCCCGGUUGUCAAUGCGCAUGUGAUGUCUGCACCGGCAAGAUUGGUGGUGAAUGCAACCUCACCACCGGUGUCGCUCCAUACCGAUGUCGAUGUGGGUUGCAAUCCAUGCAGAAACAGCACUUCAAAGCACAUAUCAGAACAGCCAAUCGCCGACAGAUUCAGUGCCGCUGUAGCAAUGUUUAUCGCGAAGACAAGUUCAAGUCGCAUGCCAAGUCAUGCAAACAAGGUGACCACCCCUUUGUUUGCUGGCGUCCAGGUACUGCCCACCGAGUUCAAUACACGUCCAAGGAAAGCUUUAUGAUUCACUACGAUCAGUGCGAGCGAAGGAGGAAAGGCCGACCGCGAAAUAGGAUCGUUUCGAAUAACGCAGGAUUGGAAUGA